AUCUAUAUUAAAGCUCCCAAUCUACAAUCCCUCUAAUUCUUUUACACCCACGAAAACCGUCCAACAAAAACCAAAACCAUCUAACUGGACUCUUCGCACUUCCAAAGGCAAUAGAAUUGCGAAAAAGAAAAAGAUGAUUCAAGAGCUGUUAGGAGGUGGUGCAGGACUAGUAGGAGGAGAGAGGAAAAUCUCCAUUGGUGGUGGAAUUUUAGAAGGGUCACCAUCUUCUUCUCCUUCUCCAUCCCCUUGUUCUUCUUCUACGACAAGAACAGCAACAACAACUACAACUGCUACCACGACCACAACGUCAUCAGCUUCUUCAGAGCACCAAAAUCUGAGGUGCCCAAGAUGUGAUUCUUCAAACACCAAGUUCUGUUACUACAACAACUACAACCUCACUCAACCUCGCCACUUCUGUAAGACCUGCCGGCGAUACUGGACCAAAGGCGGCGCCCUCCGCAACGUACCCAUCGGGGGUGGCUGCCGGAAGAGCAAGAACACAAGCGCGUCGACGGCUUCAGCUGCAAAAUCAAGCACGGGAAAGGUCAAAACUGCAUCAGACAUCAUCAAAUCGAACCUUGGAAGUGGGUUUGAUCACGAGCCACCCUCCAACCCAAUCUUAUGGGCUUCUCAGCAGAAUUCUCAACUGCUAGCCUUACUGAGAGCUACCCAAAACCCUAAUCCUAACCCUAAUCCCAUAUGCAAUUCUGUUACCGUCAAGGAUGAGGGGGGUAUUAUUGGAUCUCACAUGACGUGCGAGCCACCAGUAGCAGGUGCAGUAAAUGCACGAACCCUGAGCUUAGAUCCUCUGAGUCAGGUUCCAAUUGGACUGUGCAGUUCAUUUUGGAGAAACAAUCAACAUCAACUGCAACAUCACCACCACCACCACCAACCCCAUCAGCAGCAGCACACCUUAUUACUGGGUGAAGUUCAGAAUGCAGGGUUUCAGGAGCUUUAUCAAAGGCUCAGACAAUCUGUGAAUUACUACGAUACUUCCGCAACAGUACUCAGCAAUGUGGGUUCAACCUCGUCGUCUUCUUCGUCUAUCAUGGAACCAGCUCCCGUUGCUGGAGGUGAAUUGGGUUAUUGGAAUCCCACAUUUUCAUGGUCCGAUCUACCUACGACCAAUGGUGCAUUUCCUUAAGUAUCUCUUCCUUUUUAUUUUUCUUAGUAAGUUAAUGUCCUUCUUCCAUUGCUGUGCUUGUUUGGGGAUAUGGUAUAUGAAUAUGGCUGUAGUAUCAGUAUGUUCUUUCGCUUUCCUUUGGACUUCUUUUUUAAACUUUUAGUGUUUUCGUGUGUGUUUUAAAGUGUGGUCACUCUGAAGUAGUGUACGAAGAAGCAGAAAAGAAGAAAAUGGGGGGAAAAAUGGAAAGAAUGCUAAGUGUUUCUGAGUGUUUUUCAUUUAUAUGAAGAAACCCCAUUUUGAACUUUAUAUUUGCAUGUCCACAUAAACUAUCAUUUUUUCCCCGCUUAUAAAAAGCAUUUGCUUGC